UGGGUCCUUGGCAACCUCCAGCCCAGACGCGCCGCCGCCGAGGAGCGGAGCACCCUGGAGGUCGCGCGGGGCCGAGCUGGGGUCCCGGCGCCGCCGCUAUGGACAUCCCGCCGCUGGCGGGCAAGAUAGCGGCUCUGUCGCUCGGCGCGGUCCCCGUGUCCUAUGCGCUCAACCACGUCUCGACGCUCUCGCACCCCCUAGGGGUGGCCUUGAUGAGUGCCCUGAUCCUGGGUCUGCUCUUCUUGGCAAUCUACAGUUUGUCCCGCGGGGAGAUCUACUACGACCCACUCUAUGCUGUGUUUGCCGUCUUUGCCUUCACCUCGGUGGUGGACCUCCUUAUUGCUCUCCAGGAAGAUGGCUACCUGAUGGGCUUCAUGGAGUUCUACACUAAGGAGGGCGAGCCGUACCUGCGCACCUCGCACGGAAUCUACAUCUGCUACUGGGAUGGCACCGUUCACUACCUCCUGUACCUGGCCAUGGCCGGCGCCAUCCGCAGAAGGAUGAGAUACCGGAACCUUGGACUGUACUGGCUGGGGUCUUUUGUCAUGAGCAUCCUGGUAUUCCUCCCAGGAAACAUCCUUGGGAAAUACAGCUCAGAGAUCAGACCUGCCUUUUUCCUCACCAUCCCAUACUUGCUGGUCCCAUGCGUGGCUGGCCUGAGUGUCUUCAAACAGUCCCAGGUGCCAACCUGCUGCAACCCCAAUGUGGUGCAGGAGGAGCAAAAAAGGAGCCUCCUACAGCGCCCAGCUGACCUGGCCCUCGUCAUAUACCUCAUCCUUGCUGGGUUCUUCACCCUCUUCCGGGGCCUUGUGGUUCUCGACUGCCCCACAGAUGCCUGCUUUGUCUAUAUCUAUCAAUAUGAACCAUACCUGCGGGACCCUGUGGCCUACCCAAAGGUGCAGAUGCUGGUGUACAUGUUCUAUGUACUGCCUUUCUACGGCCUGGCUGCCUAUGCUCUCAUCUUCCCUGGCUGUUCCUGGCUGCCUGACUGGACCUUGGUGUUCGCUGGAGCCAUCGGCCAGGCGCAGUUCUCACACAUGGGUGCCUCCAUGCACCUGCGCACACCCUUCACCUACCGUGUGCCCGAGGAUGCCUGGACCUGCUUCUUCAUAUGCAACCUGCUGUAUGCACUGGGCCCCCACCUGCUGGCCUGCCGCUGCCUGCUGUGGCCCUCCUUCUUCCUGCGCCUUUCCCCCAGCCCCCCAUCCCUCCACAAAAAGCAGCACUGAGGGGGCUGUGGGACUCCCCAGGACUCCAUUUACACACCCAGCCGGCCCUGCCUCCCAAAGGGUGGGUUGGGAUUUUUAGAGGCAGGAGGUAUAUCCCUGGUUUCUUUGGUCCUGGCUGUGAUGGUUUCAAGGCCAGCUGGUGGGAUGGGAGACCCAAGGGCCAGGUGUUCUGGCACAGAGGGGGCCACAGCCAUGCUCAGCUGUCACCAAUCCCCAACCCUCAUGGAUUCUUCUACUCCCUCCCAGAAUUUACCCAUUACCCCCAUGAAUCCUUUUAGUAAAAGCCCAUUUGAUGCCUAAAA